AUGUCAUUGGUUUAUAGGACCUGUCAUUGGUUUAUAGAUUGCAGGCUCUGCAAGCCUUAUUGUUCUUGUGACAGGCCAGGAGCAGUGUGUCAAGAUCCACGGCUCAUUGGAGGUGAUGGGCUCAUGUUUUAUUUUCAUGGCAAAAAGGACAAGGACUUUUGCUUGGUGUCUGAUCCUACAGUUCACAUAAAUGCUCAUUUUAUUGGCAAGAGUGGCAAGAAGGGACGAGAUUUCACUUGGGUCCAAUCUAUUGGGGUCUUGUUUGGUUCCCAUCAGUUAUAUAUUGGUGCAAAGAAAGUUUCCAAAUGGCAUGAAUCAGUUGACAAUAUGCUGAUCCAAUUGAAUGGAGAAGAGAUCAUGGUACCAGCCGGAAUGAGCAAAAGAUGGAGGUCACCAGUUUCAGGGUUGAAGAUCCAAGGUAUAGCUGAGACAAACAAGGUGAAGGUUGCAGUGGAAGGGCUGGUGGAAAUAGAAGCACGUGUGGUUCCAAUUUCUUCAGAGGAAUCAAGGGUGCAUGGAUAUGACAUCACAGAAGAUGAUUGCUUUGCACAUUUAGAGCUCAAUUUCAAGUUUCACACUCUAAGCAAGAGGGUGGAUGGAGUCUUGGGGCAGACCUACAGAUCAAGUUACAGAAGCCGAGUAAAAUUGGCAGCUGCCAUGCCAAUCAUGGGAGGGGCAGAUAAGUUUAACACUUCGCAUCUGUUUGCAACAGAUUGUGCAGUUUCUAACUUUGGAUUGAAAAAAGGUAUAGCUGAGGGUGGAGAGCCACUGACUACUUAGUGUAGAAGUGGAAAGGCAGAAAGGAUUAAUCUGCAGAAGGUAACAAGGUCAAAGGAAAGAAUCAAGCACCUUGCAGUAAUAAAAUCAAAUCUAACGGUGAGCUUCUAAUGAAUUUAAGAAAUUUAUCUCUAUGGGGAAACAUUUCUUGUAUGACGUCUUUAAGAAACAUUUUCUUUUCU